CGCGCGGCCCCAGGCAUGCGCAGUGGGCUCCCCGGCCGCGGCGGCGGCGGCGGCGGCGGCGUCGUUCUCCAGAGCCGGAAGGUCCCGGCGCCUCGGGCGGGCGGUCGGUCACCUGCGGGGUCAUGUCGGCGCAGGGGGACUGCGAGUUCCUGGUGCAGCGCGCCCGGGAGCUGGUGCAGCAGGACCUGUGGGCGGCCAAGGCUUGGCUCAUCACGGCGCGCAGCCUCUACCCCGCCGACUUCAACAUCCAGUACGAGAUGUACACCAUCGAGCGGAACGCCGAGCGCACCGCCACGGCCGGGAGGCUGCUCUACGACAUAUCAGCCGGUGGUGUGGAGAGAAAUCAGCAUUAUUACGUCAGCAUUAAGGAACGAUUCACAGGAUAAACAAACCCAAUUUUUAAGAAGUUUAUUCGAAACUCUUCCUGGCCGGGUCCAGUGCGAAAUGUUGCUGAAGGUUACAGAACAAUGCUUCAAUACCCUGGAACGAUCAGAAAUGUUGCUUCUGCUUUUGAGACGCUUCCCUGAAACGGUGGUGCAACAUGGGGUUGGCCUUGGGGAGGCACUGUUAGAGGCUGAAACUAUUGAAGAACAAGACUCUCCUGUUAACUGCUUUAGAAAAUUAUUUGUUUGUGACGUCCUUCCUCUAAUAAUUAACAACCAUGAUGUUCGAUUGCCUGCCAACUUAUUAUAUAAGUACUUGACCAAAGCAGCUGAAUUUUAUAUCAAUUAUGUCACGAGGUCGACUCAAAUAGAGAAUCAGCAUCAAGGUGCCCAAGAAACAUCUGAUUUAAUGUCACCUAGCAAACGUAGCUCUCAGAAGUACAUAAUAGAAGGACUGACUGAAAAAUCGUCCCAGAUUGUGGACCCUUGGGAGAGGUUGUUUAAGAUUUUGAAUGUCGUUGGAGUGAGAUGUGAAUGGCAGAUGGAUAAAGGAAGACGAAGCUAUAGUGACAUUUUGCAUAGAAUGAAGGAUCUCUGCAGAUACAUGAACAAUUUUGAUAAUGAAGCUCAUGCAAAGUAUAGAAACCAAGUGGUUUAUUCCACUAUGUUGGUCUUCUUUAAGAAUGCAUUCCAGUAUGUCAACAGCAUACAACCAUCUCUCUUCCAAGGUCCCAAUGCCCCAAGCCAAGUUCCACUGGUUCUUCUUGAGGAUGUAUCAAAUGUGUAUGGUGAUGUAGAAAUUGAUCGUAAUAAACACAUACACAAAAAGAGGAAACUAGCUGAGGGAAGAGAAAAAACCAUGAGUUCAGACGACGAAGACUGUUCGGCAAAAGGAAGGAAUCGGCACAUUGUCGUCAAUAAGGCGGAGCUCGCUAAUUCCAUUGAGGUGUUAGAAAGCUUUAAACUGGCCAGAGAGAGCUGGGAGUUGCUCUCUUCCCUGGACUCCCUUGACAAGGAAUUUACAAGAAUCUGUUUGGCCUGGAAGACAGAUACUUGGCUUUGGUUAAGAAUCUUCCUCACCGACAUGAUCAUCUAUCAGGGUCAAUAUAAAAAGGCAAUAGCCAGCCUGCAUCAUUUAGCAGCUCUCCAGGGAUCACUUCCUCAGCCGCAGAUCACGGGACAGGGGACCUUGGAGCAUCAGAGGGCGCUCAUCCAGCUGGCGACUUGCCACUUUGCUCUGGGAGAGUACAGAAUGACGUGUGAGAAGGUCCUUGAUUUGAUGUGCUACAUGGUUCUCCCCUUUCAAGAUGGAGGCAAGUCACAGGAGGAACCCUCAAAAAUAAAGCCCAAAUUUAGAAAAGGUUCGGAUCUGAAGCUUCUGCCUUGUACCAGCAAGGCUCUCAUGCCGUACUGCCUGCAUUUGAUGUUAGCUUGUUUUAAGCUCAGAGCUUUCACGGACAGCAGGGAUGACAUGGCCCUGGGGCACGUGAUCGUAUUGCUUCAGCAAGAGUGGCCACGGGGAGAGAAUCUUUUCUUGAAAGCCGUCAAUAAGAUUUGCCAACAAGGAAACUUCCAAUAUGAGAAUUUUUUCAAUUAUGUUACAAAUAUUGAUAUGCUGGAGGAAUUCGCCUACUUACGAACUCAGGAAGGUGGGAAGAUUCAUCUGGAGUUACUGCCCAAUCAAGGGAUGCUGAUCAAAGUCUUGGAAAUGUUGAGAGAGGGAAGUAAGAGAGGCUCAUUCUCUUGUAUAACCUCAGUAAUUUGGUGCAUAGCAAACGUGACUUAUGUCCUAUCAAGAAUUGGCUGGUGGAAUCCAUUCUAAAGAAGAGGAAGAUAAAGUGGGGUUCUUGUCUUUCAUCUUGUAAAUGUUAUUAAACAUUCUAAAUAUUUAAAAUAAAAGAACAAAUGCUCUUUUAUGAAAACACAAGACAAGACCUUUCUACGUUAGGUUGCUUAGGCAAGAUGGACUGCACAUGCUCAUCUUCCCAUCGCCACUUACUCCCCUAAGACACUUAGUGAAAACCACAGGAAAAAUAAUUGCAUCUUCAAAAUAUUCUUAACAGGGUUUGAGAAUAAACAUUACUUUUUGAUAUGAGAGCCUAGGUAACCCCUUUUGUGUUGUGAUUUCUAGGUUUUGAGGCUGGAUAUACAAACAUACCUUUAAUAGCUUUUUAGUUAAUUCCAUUAACAUUCACCAUACAAAUUCUAAUAUAGAGACAGCCUUAGUAGAAUAACCCCAUUCGCUUAGGAUUAACCCUACAGUGGUCCUCCUUUUACUUCAGUAACACACAACCAUUUGUGGAAAUGGGAGAGAAUGGAUUGUCAAAAAAUCAACAACUGAGGGGCCGGCCCGGUGGCACAGCACUUAAGUGCCCACGUUCUGCAUCAGGGGCCUGGGGUUCGCUGGUUCAGAUCCUGGGUGCAG